AUGUCCGACGAACCCUCCCUCCCGCGCAUGCCGCCGUUCCGGGCCGCUGACUCCAUCUUUGGCCCGAAUCGCAAGCGAGGUCGCCUUUUCGACGGUAACGGCAGCGGAAGCGCAAGUGGCAGCGGCUCACACCAGCUGUCAGCCCACCAGCUGCUCCUCAACAACUCCAGCGACCCGGCCGUCUUCUCUAGCGACGACGACCCGGCCCUCGACAACUAUGCCCUGCCCGACCCCACCGGCGCGGGCCAUCCGCGCAUCCGCAAGAAGAAGCGCUAUGUCGGCGCCUGGUUUGCUCAGCAUCCGGCCUCGACCGACUCUACGUUUGAUGAGGAUCCGUCUCUACAGCAGCAGGACAGAGAACGAGAUCAAGGCCAGAGAGAACCACAGACAAUGACGCUGCCUCUGUUAUCGUCGCCCGUGCGGCCACGCCCGAGCAAGAAGAGACGCACCUUUGAGCGGCAGUUUGACAGCGGCGUGUGGAUGGGCAAAGAGGGCAUUGCCGAGGGGGCCGACGGCGCCGAGGGUGACGAGGACAUGCUGGAGGCGGCCAUGGCCGAAUCGCCGCCGCCGCCGUCGCAAUCGUCCACGUCCUCCCAGCUGUCGCUUGCACCCCCGCCCGCCGCGCCGCUCCAGACCGAUUUCCCUCCCCCGCCGCCACGCCAGCGCCGCGUUUUCCAGCGCGUGCCCAGCCUGGCAGUGAACAGUGCCGAGGAAAAGGCGCGCAAAAUCGUCCAGGAAUGUAUCGAGGCCGGUGACGACAAGAUUUCGUUAAUUGGUCUCGGUUUGACGGCACUUUCGAAUGCCACGGUGGAGCCUUUGUCUGGCCUCGUGCCCUUCCCCGUCGUCACCGAGGGCGUCGCAUUUGAGCAGCGCGACCCCAAACUCAAACUUUUUUUGUCCAGCAACAACCUGGUGCGCCUACCCGGUGCCCUCUUUCAGCUGCAACACCUCACCGUCCUCAGCCUGCGCGGCAACGGCCUCACCGAGCUGCCGCCGGCCAUUGGUCAGCUGCGCAACCUCAAGUCGCUCAACGUGUCCCUCAACAAGCUGCAGUCGCUGCCCGCUGAGCUACUGCCGCUCAUUCGGACGUACGGCCAGGGUGGGCGCCUUACCGAGCUGCUCGUCCACCCCAAUCCGUACUUUUCGCCAGAAGAGGAGGUUGAGGACAACAAUACAUUAGAAGCCGUGCCACGACCUGCCCGUCAUGUGGGAGACCGUCCUACGCGCGUGGCCCGGUCACCCGUACACUACAUGGACAGCUGGGGCAAGACAUGGUCGUCCUUUACCCUAGACCCGGCCGCGCUGGGCGCCUGCAACCUCAUUCCAACCGAGGACAUGGCCAUAGAAUCCGUGCCCCCGGUCGAGAGCACUACUGUGGCCGCCGCCACGUCCCGUGUGCCGACGCUCGUCUCACUCGCCAUGGAAGCCUGCUACCGCACACCCCAGCUGCCACAGCUGCCAGACUUGCUGCCACCGGAAGCACCGCCGCGUCUGGCACGGCAACUCGGAAAGGCUCUCGCCGUGCGCGACAGUGGCGGGAGCACGUGUUCGGUGUGCUCUCACGGACAAGGUCAGCUUGCCACGCGACGCCCCAUGGUGGCUCCCAUGACGGCGUGGCUCGAGUGGUGGGAGUUUGGCAAGCCGGACGUGAACGUGACGUAUACGCACACUGCAGCAGUCUCAGGGUCAACAGGAGCAGCAGCAGCAGCAUCAACAAUAGGUGGUGGAGGAGCGGGAGGAGCUGAUACACCACAACCAGCACGGCUCCAAGAAAAUGAGAUUGAAGUGCUGCCGUUCAUGUGGCGUGGUUGUUCGUGGGGAUGUGUGCCACGAGUCAAAGUGGUGGAAAAGGACGAGGACGAGGAGGACGAGAGGUAA